AUGAAUGUUGACAAAAUUGCCAUCAUUGGUAGCGGUCCCAGUGGACUGGUAGUGUUGAACGAGUUCUUACACACAGCGAAAGAUGGAAGUUCCUCGAUCAACAGCUUUCGGACAAGUGAGAACAAGAUUCCUGUGGAUCCAGCUUUUCGGGAGAUUGUUGUGUUUGAGCAGAACGGCAGCAUUGGUGGAACGUGGAACUACUCGGAAAGUACCGACCCCGCUUUUCCUGCUGAUCUGGAGAGCUACUCUACACCUGAAAAUCUUAGACCGAGUUUGGAUCCUCCUUUUGAGAAGGAACUGCUGCAUACCUCUGUGGAAGAGCCACUUCUUCGCUCCAUUGCCCCUGGAGUGAUGAAAAGCAGAGCACUAUGGAACAAGAGUGGUGUGUAUGAUGACCUCUUUACCAAUGUCUCUGAUAGGUUAAUGCGGUUUUCGUCGGGGUACGACAUCGACAGUGGUGCCGAUAUGAGUGCAAACCCUUAUGCUCCUUUCAUCACACAUAAAGAUGUCCUAAACUAUCUCGGUAAGUUUGCAGAUGCGAAUGACCUGCAAAGGCACGUCAGGCUGCACACGAGCGUUGAAAAAGUUUACAAGAAGGGUAACAAGUGGACUUUGGUAGUAGUUCAGCUCGACACCGCAAAUGGUAUAGAGAAAUGGUAUACGGAGCAAUUUGAUGCAGUUCUCAUUGCCACUGGGCGGUUCAACAUCCCGUUCAUUCCGUAUGUCGAGAACAUGGAUAGAUUUAUUGUGAACCACCCUGACUGUGUUUCGCAUACCAAAGCCUACAGGAAUACCGACGCGUACGAGAACAAAAAGGUUCUGCUGGUGGGGUCGAGCAUAAGUGCUGUAGAUUUGCUUCAGUACAUGAUUCCGAAGUGCAAGGAGGUCUGGCUAUCAUUCAACUCCCCAAAGGUCACAGUGCAGCCCGCAAGGGAAGCCGCUCCUGGCCAGUGGAUGCGUGAUAUUUUGAACGAUGAGAGUGCUGGUUUCCACAGAUGUGCCCGUAUCAAACGCUUCACCAAAGAUGAUGGUGUGGAGUUUGAAGAUGGCCAAGUUGUCCAUGGAUUUGACAAAAUCCUCUUUGCUACAGGAUACCAUUUGUUCUAUCCAUUUCUCGAUAUACCCGAGAACAGAGACAGCAACUACAUUCGUGUCUAUUCCGGCAAGAAGGGCCAGUCAAACUAUGCACUCACAAAGGCCGACAACGCUUAUCUGUACACCUUUACGGUUGGUGAGCCUACCCUAUGCUACAUUGGUAUUGCCCAUAACCCACUUCUCUUCCUCACGGCGGAAGCCAGUGCCAUCGCAGUAGCUGGAGUUUGGUCCGGUGGCAAGCACCUACCUUCGCUGACUGAGCAAAAGUUUUGGUGUGACCAGAAACUUGAAUGCCAAGCUGACGGACUUCAGAUGUUGGACGAGCACCAGUUCCAGCCUUUCGCCAGAGAACUCUACAAGUAUGCCCCGAAAAAUCGCAUAGAUUUACUCCAGCAAGUUCAUGAUGACGAAGUAGACGAGUCUAGAAACAUUCUAAGAGAGAUUUUCUACAAGAUCUCCAGGGCUUCUGUUUAA